AUGGCCGAUGGUAUCUUUGAUUAUGGUGUUUUCCUGACGGCAUCAGAGAGUAUGUUCCAAAAGUCAUUUUUGGCGUCUUCAGAUUCACCGGUCUGUGGUGCAUAUGCAGAAAAAACAGUCAGAACCUGUUUUCCAAUUCUGAAUAUAAUCAACAUUAAACAUAAGCUGAUUCGAGCCACCUCUAGCACAUUUUGUGCCAGUGAUUCCCGUAUGAAGAUUUCCACUCCAUUUUGGACUGUCUUUUGGCCAUUCCAGAACAACUUGUCACUCCCAAUGAGAAAGACACCAUUUGAUUUUCAUCUUGUUUCCCGCAGAGAACAGAUGUCAACCUUUCGCCUUUCCAGCAUGUCGACGAUCUCCACGGAGCGUCCAAUCCGCAAAAACUAUGUAGCUAUACAGAUGAUGGCAGCUUAUGCUGAUUAA